ACGAGAUUACAUCGAAACUACUACUCCUUGUAUCAGAUUCUCAGUUCUUGCAUUCAAAUACUAUUAAUAAAUCUUCGAAAUCAAUAUUCACACCAUUAUUGCAAAACAUUGAUCAGUUAUCACAAACCGAAACUUGAUAAAAUGAUACCUGUUUACAUUCUUGUUUUCAUACUGUCAACUUCUUUAUUUCCCGCAGGAUUCUCCGACAUAACAACCGAUGGAGCUGCCUUGCUCCGCUUUAGAGACGCGGUUAGAGGCCGUACUCUUCUUUGGAACACGUCGGAAUCCACCCCGUGUUCAUGGAGAGGCAUUACAUGUGACCCUGGUAACAAUAAUGUCAUCCAACUACGCCUUCCUGCUGCUGGUUUAUCGGGUGAAAUUCCAGUUAAUACUGUUGGAAAUUUAAGUAAUCUUCGUGUACUGAGUCUCCGAAAAAAUACUCUUUCUGGUGCACUCCCGGAAGAUUUAGGCUCAUGCACCGAGUUACGGUCUCUGAAUUUAGAAGAAAAUACGUUUUCUGACAGCAUCCCGGUCAGUUUGUUUAGUCUGAAUAAACUCGUUCGUUUAAGUUUAUCGAAUAAUAAUCUGUCAGGAGAUUUCUCCUCGGAGUUUAACAAAUUGAAUCAGCUGAAAACGUUGUUAUUGGGAAAUAAUCAACUCACAGGGUCACUUCCGGAGUUGAAUGAUCUUAGCGGACUUUCAAAUUUUAGUGUUGCUUUUAACAAUUUGACGGGGUCUAUUCCAAGUUUUUUUCGGAGAUUUUCUUCGGAUGCAUUUAUCGGGAACUCACUGUGUGGAUCCCCUUUGAAUUCUUGUGAAGACGGAUCAGAGCUUUCUAAUGGAGCCAUUGGGGGAAUUGUUGUAGGUUCAGUGACUGCAUUACUUGUGGUUCUUGUUCUUUCGUUUCUUUUACUACGAAAAUAUAGGAUAAGUCCGCAAUCUGCUACACCCUCACCAGAGAUUCUGCCUGAAAUUCGAUCACGGAGUUCAAGACAGGCGACAGAAAAUAGGGGAGUUGAUGAUGGGGUUUCCAGGUCAGUGAAUUCAGAAGAUAGUAGUGGAAAUAAGGGGUUGGUUUUCUUUAAAGAGAAAAUGAAUGUUUUUGGUUUUGAAGAUCUGUUGAGAGCUUCAGCUGAGGUCAUGGGAAAGGAUAGUAAACUUGGGUCAACAUAUAAAGCAUAUCUAGAUGGUGGGAUUGUAGUAGUUGUUAAGAGAUUGAAAAAUGUGGGUGUUUCUAUAGAGGAGUUUACCGAAAAUGUUGAGAAAUUGGGAGAUUUGGACCAUGAAAAUCUGGUUUCUCCCCGGGGAUACUUCUGUGGGAGGGAAGAGAAGCUUCUGGUUUAUGAGUACAUGCCAAUGGGAAGCUUGUCUGCUGUUUUGCACGGAACUAGAGAGGCAGCAAAGCAAGAAUUGAAUUGGGAAGUUCGAACAAGAAUAGCUUUCCAAGUUGCCCUUGCCAUCAAACACCUCCAUUCCAAUGACAUAAUCCACGGAAACAUCAAAUCAUCUAACAUUCUACUCAAAGACCGUGAAUACAAUGCGUGUGUCUCUGAGUUCGGGAUCACACAGCUCCAUUCUGCCAACUCUCCCCUCAGCUCUGCUGGCUAUAUAGCACCUGAAGUGACAAAGUACAAUGAGGUUUCCCAACAAGCUGAUGUCUACAGUUUUGGUGUUCUCCUAAUAGAAUUGUUGCUGGGCAGAGCCCCGAUGAAUACUAUCACCAGGGCGAAACUCAACUUGCCUAAGAUAGGUAGUUCAAUGGCUGAAGGGAAAUUGGAACUUGACGUCUUUGAUCCAGAACUCAUCAAGAACAGCAGCAUUAAGGAGAAGAUUUUCCAGUUUUUGUUUGUCGCGAUUUCGUGCACCACUCAAGACCCCGAGGGACGCCCAUCCAUGGACAAAGUCACAGGACUUCUAAAGAGCAUUCAUUUAUUCUCAAGACAAGAAUCUUAACUGUAUACAUACUGUAAAUAACAUUAGAAAAGUAUCGGAUUAGUCCUCUUGGAAAAAAUAUUGAUUAUAUUUUACCACUAUCUUAGUACCUGUGUAUUUGAGUUAUAUUAACAUUUAUAUACAAUUGAUGUACAUUUUCAAGUACAUCAUUUUUUUUUAA